CACAGACACACAGACACACACACAGACUCACACGGGGCAGUCACAGUGAGGACAGCUCAGGAGACGGUCGACCCUCAGAUAACUCUAACCUCCUCCGCUGAAGUCCCGAAUCACAACCAUGGGGAAAGGAUGCAUCACAGUCACCAAGUAUUUUCUGUUCCUCUUCAACCUCCUCUUUUUUAUAUUCGGAGCCUUGAUCAUGGGCUUUGGACUCUGGGUUCUCUUUGAUAAUCAGAGCUUCAUUUCUGUACUGCAGGAAUCGUCUCACACGGUGAAAGUGGCUUCAUACAUCCUGAUCGGAGUGGGUUCACUGUCGAUGGCCAUGGGCUUCUUCGGUUGCAUCGGAGCCAUCUACGAAAUCCGUUGCCUGCUGGGUCUGUACUUCACCUGCCUCCUGCUCAUCAUCAUCGCCCAGGUCACCGCUGGAGUCCUCAUUUACUUCCAGAGAGAGCCGUUGAAAUAUGAGAUGGCCAACAUCAUAAAGGGCAUGAUAAUCAACUACACCGGCCAGAACAGAACCACAGAGCACACAUGGGACUUCAUUCAGAGGACGAUGAAGUGCUGUGGAUGGACUGGUCCAGGAAACUGGUCUGAGAACCAUUUGAUCAUGAACAGCUCCAGGAACCUUUACCCAUGUUCCUGUCGUAACGAGACCCUGCCUGGCACGGACAUACAGGAAGUCGGCCUGUGUGAGCACACGUCCCCACAGCUACCUGUCUACGAAACGGGCUGUAUCACCAGUGUGGAGAAAUGGCUCCUGGACAACUGUGGCGUUAUUCUGGGAAUGUGUGUCGGCGUGGCAGUCAUUGAGCUCCUCGGGAUGAUUCUCUCCAUGUGUCUGUGCAAGAGCGUCGUCCAGGAAGAUUACACCAAAGUGCCGAAGUACUGAGCUGAGGACAGAGCCAGCUUCACACCACAGAUGGAUUGACUCUUUCUCUCUCCCUCACUCUCCAUCGGCUCACAUUUUUUUACACACACACACACACACAAAUGGACAGCUGUCUUGCCCCAUUUCAGCUUCUCCGGCCUCGACAGCUGUGCAAAUUUCUCACGCUCCACAAACACAAACGCACUCACCUCUCAAUCAAAUGUGUGUCCAACAAGUUCACAAGUUGCCAUUGUUGUCUUUUCACUCGUGUUUUCCUAUGAGACAUUUGUGAUUUUUUUGGACAGUCAUUCAGGUGUUGUUGUGUUUUUCCUCAACCGACCUCAGAAAAAGCGCUUAUCGUAGUAGUAGUACUAGUAGUAGUAGUAGUAGUAGUAUUAGAGAGAGAACUCCAGUGACGUUUGGUGAAGCUGAGAGCUGAAGUACGUUGGGACUCCGGGGGCAGGGUGGAGACGAGAGUGAGGCGGGGGGGAGGAUGCAUGUAGGAGACGCUCUGAAGGAGUAAUGCCACUCUGUGAUCCUGCAGCUGGUAUUUUUGGUUGCAGAGGGUGGAGGAGAGGCGCAGGGCAGGGCUGCUGUGGUGGAGGGUUUGGCUUCUGUCAUCAAGACCUUGUACUCAGUAGCCGUAAUAUUAACCUUCACUUUCACCCUCCUCCUCCUCCGCCUCCUCCACCCUCCCAGAAUCAAUCAUCUGUUGGCGUCUCUAAAUCACAGCUCCUGUCCUCUCGGGCGGGUCUGACUGGUAGCCAGUAGCUCUCCAAAAUGACUAGUUGAAGUAAGUGUGUGUAUGAUGUGUUGAGUGAGUAUUUUAUGUCUUUUUUUAUAUUCUUAUGUUAGCUCUGUUUGUUUUUUUUACAACUGUAUAUAUAUCUAUGACCUCGGUAAGGGAUAUAAGCACCUUGAUGCUUUGUCAGCGUUUUAAAUAGGAAAGUUGUCACCCACAUUCCCUUGUUUUAAGAGUGCUAUUGUUCUUUGGUUCCUCUCCGUUGCUGAUUGCGUACAGAAAGCUGCUGCCACGGCUGCUAGUCUGCAAUUAUUUGGUCUAAAUCUGAGAAAUUUAAGAGCAAAUCUGUCGUUGCUCUUAAAACUGUGUUUUAAUUUCUUUAGCACAGCAUUAGCUUGUGAACAGUCGACCGUAGCACCCGUCCUGAAGAUCUUUACUUUAAUUUAUUCUCAGUAACAAAAGCAGAGAGAGAGCAGUGAGAAACCCUAAAAUCAUAUUUUCAGAAGGUGCUUUGACCAGAAAAUUACUUAUAUUUCCUCAUCAGUUUAUCCACUUCAUUUACAACACUGUAUUUGUUCUCAGUGUAGUGGAUACAGUGUUUCUAUGUAGUUGCAGUUUUUCAUGCCAUCUCGCACUAGUCACUUCUAAUCGUUUUCAUGACAAGAGAGAGGAAAAAGAGCGGUGCUCUUUCACAGUUCCAACCACCCUCUGUUUUAUGACCUGCCAAAAUGAAACGUUAAUUUAACUUAAUGAGAGAUGAAGGUUUUUUAUUGUGUGUUUAAAGAUGUUUCUACACUUUUUACAAAAAAAAAGAAAUGAUUUUGUUUAGUUGUGCUCCGUCUGUAUGUGUUCUGUUUCUCAGAAGCUCUUCUUAUGUUCUGUUCCCAUGGUGCAGCAGUUUAUCCGCUCUGUGCUCUUGUCCUAUCAGAAAUGUCCUUUCUGGCCAGGACCCCGCCUCCGAUGAAAAUUUGUUUUCAUUCAUCCAAAAUCAUCAUCUCUUAAUCUACAAAUGGAACUCAUGCACACACACAGCCACACCAAUUACUUUAUUGAUGACCACAUCCUACAGAAUCUUAAGUUCCUUUUUGUUUUAAUAAUAAUAGAUAAAAGUUUAAUAAUAAAAAAGUAUUAUUUGCCUU